UGUUGCCUUGGUUACUAGUAUUUCCGUCAUUUACGGCAGCUGUGUCAACCCUGACUACGACACUUACCAAAAUGCACAACUGGGAUGAUAAUUUUGAGGCACAUCUCAUUUGGAAUCUUCAGGAAGAAUUGAACGGUUGGGAGGCAAUUAUUACUUUUGAUCAACCAAUACCAAGUAUAACGCAAUACAUGGCGGACGAGGUAACUCACUCAGCAGACAAAAAAGUAUGGACAUUUGUCAACAAACCACAUACUGCUAUUGCCCACACUGGAGGUUCACUGGACUUCAAAAUUGGCGGUAAAUUCAGCGGAAGUAAUCCACCAACGGCCACGGCAGUUUUGAAAAACUUUGGUGAUGAUGGUUUCACUGUGCCUCCAGUUCCUAACACUGAUGGGACUAAAUAUAACUAUGACGAAGUACUUGAAAAAUCGAUUUUGUUCUACGAUGCGCAGAGAUCUGGGAAACUACCGGCUGACAACCCAAUUCCAUGGCGUGCAGAUUCCGCACUAACUGAUCAGGGAGCUAAUGGUGAAGACUUAACUGGUGGAUGGUAUGAUGCUGGCGAUAAUGUAAAAUUUGGUUUCCCAAUGGCUGCCACUGCAACACUGCUCGGCUGGAGUCUUUUGGAGUACAGAGACGCUUAUCUUGCUAGUGGUCAGCUAGGAGAAAUGUAUGACUGCAUUAGAUGGCCUUUGGAGUGGCUAUUGAAAUGUCAUACCGGAACUAAUGAGCUUUAUGUUCAGGUAGGAGAUGGUGGCAAAGACCACGGAAGCUGGACAAGACCGGAAGAUAUGAGUUUAGACAGACCGGCAUUUAAAAUUACUGCCAGCAAUCCCGGAAGUGACGUAGCAGCAGAAUACGCAGCCGCCAUGACCGUAGGAUCUUUGAUUUUUAAAGACAAAGAUCCAGCUUUUUCAGCCAAACUAUUGACACACGCAAAACAGUUGUACACCUUUGCUAAAACUCACACUGGAAAGUAUAGUGACAGCGUGAACGCUGCAGCUGCUUAUUAUAGAUCCAGUGAGUUUGAAGACGAGCUAACAUGGGGAGGAGCAUGGUUGUAUAGAGCUACUGGAGAAGCUUCAUAUUUAGCUGAUGCUGAAAAACAUUAUGAAACCGGUGCAGCGUGGGGCCAGUCGUGGGAUGAGAAAAAUACAGGAAACAUGGUUCUGUUGUACAACAUGACAAAGAAGGAUAUUUACAAACAAGAUCUAGAAGCCACGUUUACUGAUUGGUUACCUGGUGGAACUAGUACUGCUGCAUUGCCCUAUUCUCCAAAAGGACUGGCAUUUAGACUGCAAUGGGGAUCUCUCAGAUAUGCCUCUAACAUGGCCUUUAUGGCUCUUCUUACUGCUGAGCUAGGAAUACAUCCAACAGAGUACCGAAAAUGGGCUAAAAGUCAGAUUGGGUACGCUCUUGGAGACACUGGAAGAAGUUUUGUUGUUGGAUUCGGAGUUAAUCCUCCUACACAACCACAUCACAGGGGAAGCUCAUGUCCAAUGAUCCCAGCACCUUGUUCCUGGGACCAGCAACAACAGAAAGGGCCUAAUCCACAUACCCUGUACGGUGCUCUGGUAGGAGGACCAGAUCAGACCGACAAAUACACAGACGUCAGGACUGACUAUGUUAGUAACGAAGUGGCUUGUGACUACAACGCUGGAUUCCAAGGAGCUGUUGCAGGACUGAAGUCUCUACAUGUUCGACAUAUUUUGGACAGAUAA